AUGGCCGAUUUCCCUGCAACGGAGAACGGGAAGAUCUCGUUCAAGAACCGCGUCGUCGUGAUCACCGGUGCUGGCGGUGGUCUCGGCAAGACCUAUGCUCUCUUCUUUGCGUCGCGUGGCGCCAAGGUCCUGGUCAACGAUCUGGGCCAGACGCCGGACGGCAAGAAAGCCGCUGAUCUUGUGGUGGAGGAGAUCACCAAGAACGGUGGGGAGGCCAUUGCGAACUACGACUCGAACACGGAGGGUGCGAAGAUCAUCCAGCAAGUGAUCGACAAGUGGGGUCGUGUGGAUAUCCUGAUCAACAACGCCGGUAUUCUGCGUGACAAGUCGUUCAAGUCCAUGUCGGACAAGGAGUGGGACCAGGUGAUGGCUGUCCACGUCCACGGCUCGUUUGCGUGUGCGCACGCUGCGUGGCCGCACAUGCGCAAGCAGAAGUUCGGUCGUAUUAUUAACACGUCGUCGGCCGCUGGUCUGUACGGCAACUUUGGUCAGUCGAACUACUCGGCUGCGAAGAUGGCGCUGGUGGCCUUCAGCAAGACGCUCGGUAUUGAGGGUGAGAAGUACAACAUUUACGCGAACGCCAUUGCGCCUGUGGCUGCCUCGAAGAUGACCGAGACGGUCAUGCCGCCGGAGAUGCUGGAGAACCUCAAGCCGGAGUACGUCGUGCCGAUUGUGGCCUUCCUCUGCUCGGCCCACAACGAGGGUGUCAACGGUGAGGUGUUCGAGAUGGGCGCUGGCUUCUACGCGAUGCUCCGCCGCGAGCGCUCGCACGGCCACGUGUUCCGCACCGACAAGACGUUCACGCCCGAGGCGGUGCGUGAGGCGAUGGACAAGGUGCUCGACUUUGACGAGAAGCCGGACUAUCCUGUGCGCAUCACUGACACGAACUACCUGGAGCUGCUGGAGCGUGCCAAGGAGGCGCCGGAGAACGCGCAGGGCGACGAGAAGAUCAACUACAAGGACCAGACGGUGCUCGUGACGGGUGCUGGUGCUGGUCUCGGUCGUGCCUACGCGCUGCUCUUUGCCUCGCUCGGCGCGAACGUCGUGGUGAACGACAUGAGCGAGAAGAACGCCAUGGCCGUGGUCGAGGAGAUCAAGAAGGCCGGCGGCAAGGCGGCGCCGAGCAUUGGCAGCGUGGAGGACGGUGAGAAGCUGGUCCAGGACGCUGUGAACGCCUUUGGUGGUCUGCACACGGUGGUGAACAACGCUGGUAUUUUGCGUGACAAGUCGUUCGCCGGCGCGACGGAGAAGGACUGGAAGCUGGUGCUCGAUGUGCACCUGCGCGGCACCUACAAGGUGUGCAAGGCGGCAUGGCCGAUCUUUAUGAAGCAGAAGUACGGCCGUAUUGUCAACACGACGUCGGCUGUGGGUAUCUACGGCAACUUUGGCCAGGCGAACUACUCAACGGCCAAGUCGGGUAUCCUCGGUUUCACGCAGACGCUGGCUGUCGAGGGUGAGAAGUACAACAUUCUGGCGAACACCAUUGCGCCGAACGCCGGUACGGCGAUGACCGCGACGAUCUGGCCGCAGGAGAUGGUCGACGCGUUCAAGCCGGAGUACGUGGCGCCGCUGGUGGCCUACCUGGGUGGCCCUGGCUGUGAUGUUACGAAGAACCUGUACGAGGUGUCGGGUGGCUGGAUUGCGGCCACGCGCUGGCAGCGUGCUGGUGGUCACGCCUUCUCGACGGGCAAGCCUGUGACGCCGGAGAUGGUCGAGAAGAAGUGGUCGAAGAUCACGGACUUUGACCCUGAGCGUGCUAGCUGGCCGUCGGCGCCGAGUGAGUCGCUGGGCGACAUGGUGGCCAACUUUGGCAACGAGGACGAGGACGACGAGGCCGAGGAGGGUGGCGACGACUUUAUCGAUGCCGAGGACCCGGAGGAGGUGAAGGCGGCGAAGAAGGCCGACCUCGAGGCGGGUGAGUACACGUACACGGAGCGCGAUGUGAUCCUGUACAACCUCGGUAUUGGUGCCACGGAGAAGGACCUGAACUUUGUCUACGAGCAGGCUGACGAGUUCCAGGCGGUGCCGACGUUCGGUGUGAUCCCGAUGUUCUCGUCGCUCGGCGCUGUGUCGUACGACUUCCUGCCGAACUUCUCGCCGAUGAUGCUGCUGCACGGUGAGCAGUACCUUGCGAUCAAGGGCGAAAUCCCGACGGAGGGCACGCUCGUGAGCAAGCCGCGCAUCAUUGAGGUGCUCGACAAGGGCAAGGCCGCAGCGGUCACUGUGCAGAUCACGACGACCAACAAGAGCACGGGCGAGGUGGUGUUCGAGAACCAGGGCACAUUCUUCAUCCGUGGCUCGGGUGGCUUCAACGGCAAGAAGACGGGCCGUGACCGCGGCAACGCCUCGGCGCCGAACGCUGUGCCGAAGCGCGCGGCCGACAAGGUGGUCCGCGAGAAGACCGCCGAGUCGCAGGCGGCGCUGUACCGCCUGAGCGGCGACUACAACCCGCUCCACAUUGACCCGAACUUUGCGUCGGUGGGUGGCUUUGACAAGCCGAUCCUCCACGGUCUCUGCUCGUUCGGUAUCUCGGGCAAGCACGUGUUCCAGACGUACGGUCCAGUGAAGGACAUCAAGGUGCGUUUCACGGGCCAUGUGUUCCCGGGUGAAACGCUCGAGACGUCCAUGUGGAAGGAGGGCGACAAGGUCCUCUUCCAGACCCGUGUGGUGGAGCGUGACACCAUUGCGCUGGGCGCUGCCGCGGCGACGCUCGCGUAA